ACAAUAGAUUAUAGCCACACCUACCUACUGCAUUGUGGCCUCACGUGGGCGGAAGCUGAAAGAGAAAGACCUUGGGACAGAUCCUCUUGUUUGUGUCCACAGGUACUGUACCUACUACUGGUAUACUGGUUGUUCUAUACUUACUGCUGGUGAUACUGCUGUUAGUGGUACUGGUACUGUUGGGCUGGUGGUGUUAUGAAGAGAAGGACAGGAACUGAGGAGAGAGAGCCAGUCCCUACCAAUGAGCAGAUACUGAUAUUUGACAGACCGAUUCAUAAAGUUAGGGAGAGUCUUUUUUCCACAGGCAGUGGGUUUGUUAAUUACAGGGGCUUACUCAACAACUGUAUAAUAUGUCUAUUACUAUCAAACUUUCAUAACAUACUACGCAACUUUAACAAAUAUGGUUUAUUAAUUAAUCCAGCUCAGUGGGUGACCAUUAGUCUACAGAUGGGGACACUACCAGCAAUACUAUCAAUACUCUGCUUAUUUUCUGUCUUUCCAUUAUUGACGUUUCUCCUUGAGAAAGCUGCUUCAAAGGGAUUAUUAAAGGAGCGUCUCCUAUUGAUAUUACAUGCCAGCAACAUGAUAAUGCUACUGGCACUACCAGUGGGUGUGGUCUUCUGGUUCAAACUAGGACCAGCUGCUGGUUUUAUUGUUAUGUUCAAUUAUUCAAUUGUUUGGAUGAAGAUGAUGUCAUAUAUUCAAGUCAAUUCAUGGUGUAGGUGUGGUCAAGGUGGAGUAGCCACACCCACUAAUAAUAACCACGACAAACCAUUAGUUCAAUAUCCUGAUAAUAUCACUGUUAAGGAUUUUUGUUAUUUCAUUGCUGCUCCUACAUUGUGUUAUGAGUUGAACUAUCCUCGAACACCAAAAAUUAGGAAAAUAUUUUUAUUAAGAAGAACACUUGAAUCAAUAUUUCUAGUUAAUAUAUUAUUAGCAUUGUCACAGCAGUGGCUAGUACCUACUGUAAUGGGAUCACUGGAACCACUUCAGUCAAUGGAUUUAUUAAUGAUGAUACAGAGAGGACUGUUACUAGCGCUCCCUAAUCACCUCCUCUGGUUAUUGUUAUUCUAUUUUUAUUUCCAUUCCUAUCUCAACGUCCUUGCUGAGUUACUGAGGUUUGGUGAUCGCUCCUUCUACAAGGACUGGUGGAACGCUGAUAGUAUUGAUACCUUCUGGAGACACUGGAACGUACCAGUGCACCGCUGGGCUGCUAGGCAUGUGUAUUACCCGUUGCUCAGUAGAGGUUAUUCCAGGGUUAUGUCUCAGAUAGCAGUGUUCCUAUUAUCAGCUUUCUUUCAUGAAUAUUUGGUUAGUAUUCCUUUGCGUAUGUUAAGGCCCUGGGCAUUCACUGCUAUGUUAUCUCAAGUACCAUUAGCUCUAUUAACGUCAUUAGAAGUGAUGAGAGGUCAGCCUGGUAAUGUGGUGGUAUGGGUGUCCAUUAUACUGGGACAACCUCUGGCUAUUAUGAUGUACAUGCACGACUACCUCAUUCACAAUAAAUUGUAAUAAUAACUACUCUAUUAUUAGUAUUAUCUUGAGUGUAUUAUUAUUGAUUAUUAUUAAUUCAGUG